AUGGACUCGUUUACUCUUGCUAGUGUACUUGUAGGAGUUGGGUGGUUUCUCUUGUGGCUUCGGUCCAAAUCUUCUAUCCCAUACCCCCCGGGUCCUAGCGGGAAUCUACUCUUUGGAUCCGCUCUCGAGCUCCGGAAGUCUAAGGCGUUUUGGCUCAAUUUUGCACAAUGGUCAAAGGAAUAUGGCCCAAUCAUGACAAUUCGCAUGGCCUAUCGCAGUUUGUUUGUAGUAGAUGAUCCGAAUGUUGCAGUUUCGCUGUUUGAAAAGAAAGCCUCACAAUACUCGGACAGAUACGUCAGUGAAUUGGCUAAGCUAGGAGAGUGGGAUCAUGACAUCAUCUUUAUUGAGUAUGGCCCCACUUUAAAACAUUACCGCACACUCCUCCAGAAGGCGCUUAACAAUCGAGUUGCCCUCGACUAUCUCCCACUACAGGAACACGAGGUAAAGCGACUUUUGCGACGGCUAUAUGAGACUCCCGAACAAUUUAUGGAACAUGUUCAUCUAAUGGCAGGAAGUGUGGCGAUUCGAAUGGUAUAUGGUUACAAGGUUGAUUCCGCUCAAGAUCCACUCGUUCAGUCUGCAGAAAAGGUCAUGUCGAUAUUUUCCGAUAUCAUGACUCCAGGUAGAUGGAUGAUUGAGGUUUUUCCCUUCUUACGAUAUCUUCCUACCUGGUUUCCUGGGACUGCCUUUCAUCAAAUGGUUGCAUCCAGUCGGCCUGUCCUUCACUCUUUUGCGGAAAAUACAUUUACUUUCGUCAAAUCAGAAUCGCUGAAAGGAACGGCUGAGCCAUCCUUUACUUCCAAGCUUCUUGAAUCAGACAGUAGCGAAGGAAUAACGAGCGAAGAAGAACUACACGUUAAACGUAUUGCGUCUUCAUUGUACGGUGCAGCAUCCGAUACCACAGUAUCUGCGGUCAAAUCAUUCUUUCUCGCAAUGACUCUAUACCCCGAUGUUCAAGCUAAAGCACAAUCAGAAAUCAGCACUUAUUUCGAUCAAACUCAGCUUUCGAAGGGUCGAUUCGUUACCAUGGACGAUAGGGACAAGUUACCAUAUACCAGUGCACUUGUUCGAGAGCUACUGCGCUGGCAUCCGGUAGCUAACCUUACCGCGCACAGAUCGUGUGGGAAAGAUGACAAUAGUGUUGUAGUUGGGGAGAAUGUUUAUCGGAUUCCAGCAUAUUCAAUCGUUAUCGUGAACAUGUGGAGUAUGCUCCAUAAUCCUAGCGUUUAUCCCGAUCCUGGGAAAUUUAUACCGGAGCGGCACCUUGUAGAAAAUCCGCCGCCAGCUCCUGAAUUAUAUGCAUUUGGAUUUGGUAGACGGAUGUGCCCUGGGACCCAUGUCGCCCAGCAGUCUAUGUGGCUCUCAAUCAGCAAUAUUCUAGCUAACUUUACUAUUACUAAAGCUAAAGACGAGAAUGGAGCCGAAAUUAUACCAAAGGAGGAAUACACAAACGAAGUCAUUAGAUCUGGAAAUAACGGUUUUACUGAUAGCCACCCGGCACCAUUUAAAUGCAAGAUCACGCCCCGUGAAGGAUGGGAAAAGUGGUCAACAGAAACCGGUGUGCCGGCGCAUGGUUCAGAUACGGAUUAA